AUGACGAAGCGGAAGUGGGGUGACAGGAGGGAGGCGGUGCGAGCGGUGUCGACCCGGGACGACCCCCAGAACCCCGGGCGGCGCACGAGUCGGGGUCGCUUCUCGGAGUCGUGGAAGAGGCUGAGCUCCAGGCAGGGCUCCACUAAGAGGUCGGGCCUCGGGUCCCAGCAGUCACAGGCCCAGAAGUCCUGGAUUGAGAGGGCGUUCAGCAAGAGAGAAUGUGUUCAUAUCAUAGUGAGCGCCAAAGACCCCCAUAGGUGCUGUUGUGGCCGUCUGAUUGGCCAGCAUGUGGGCCUGCCCCCCAGCAUCUCCUCCAAUCAAAACGACAAGUCAGAGCGGUUGCCAAAGAAUGACAGCCUGUCGGAGAAAUGGUCGAUCAGCAAGCACACGCAGCUCAGCCCCACGGACGCCUUCGGCACCAUCGAGUUCCAAGGCGGAGGCCAUUCCAACAAGGCCAUGUACGUGCGGGUCUCGUACGACACCAAGCCGGACCUGCUGCUGCACCUGAUGACGAAGGAGUGGCAGCUGGAGCUCCCCAAGCUGCUGAUCUCGGUGCACGGCGGCCUCCAGAACUUCGAGCUGCAGCCCAAACUCAAGCAGGUGUUCGGCAAGGGCCUCAUCAAGGCAGCCAUGACCACCGGAGCGUGGAUCUUCACUGGGGGAGCCAACACAGGGGUGAUCCGUCACGUAGGGGAUGCGCUGAAGGAUCAUGCUACUAAAUCUCGAGGAAAGAUCUGCACCAUUGGCAUUGCCCCCUGGGGCAUCGUGGAGAACCAGGAGGACCUCGUGGGCAAGGAUGUGGUGCGGCCCUACCAGACCAUGUCCAACCCGCUCAGCAAGCUGACGGUGCUCAACAGCCUCCACUCCCACUUCAUCCUGGCCGACAACGGCACCACGGGGAAGUACGGCGCCGAGGUCAAGCUCCGACGACAGCUGGAGAAACACAUAUCCCUGCAGAAGAUCAACACCCGCAUUGGCCAGGGUGUGCCGGUGGUGGCCCUGAUCGUUGAGGGUGGCCCCAAUGUGAUCUCCAUAGUGCUGGAGUACCUGCGGGACACUCCGCCGGUGCCCGUGGUGGUGUGUGACGGCAGCGGACGGGCCUCCGACAUCCUGGCAUUCGGACACAAGUACUCCGAGGAGGGCGGCAUCAUCAACGAGUCGUUGAGGGACCAGCUGCUUGUGACCAUCCAGAAGACCUUCACGUACAGCCGCACGCAGGCCCAGCACCUCUUCAUCGUCCUCAUGGAGUGUAUGAAGAAGAAGGAGCUGUGCAACUUUAAUAGAAAUCUCUUCUCGGUGUGUCCAGGGGCGAACGCGUCAGCACCCGAUCAGCUGAGUCUGGCGCUUGCCUGGAACAGAGUGGACAUCGCACGCAGCCAGAUCUUCGUCUACGGGCAGCAGUGGCCGGUGGGCUCCCUGGAGCAGUCCAUGCUGGAUGCUCUGGUUCUGGACCGGGUGGAUUUUGUCAAGCUGCUGAUUGAGAACGGAGUCAGCAUGCACCGCUUCCUGACACUCAGCCGGCUGGAGGAGCUAUACAACACGAGACAUGGCCCUUCAAACACGCUCUACCAUCUUGUGCGGGAUGUCAAAAAGCAAGAAUAUCCAGGUUUCAGUUGGAUCUACUUCAAGGGUAACCUCCCGCCAGACUACCGCAUCAGCCUGAUCGACAUUGGAUUGGUCAUUGAGUACCUCAUGGGAGGAGCCUACCGCUGCAACUACACUAGGAAGAGGUUCAGAACCCUGUACCACAACCUCUUUGGACCCAAGCGGCCCAAGGCUCUAAAGCUACUUGGCAUGGAGGACGACAUGCCAAUCAGGCGCGGGCGCCAGAAGACGACGCGCAAGCGCGAGGAGGAGGUGGACAUCGACCUGGACGACCCGGAGAUCAACCACUUCCCCUUCCCCUACCACGAGCUGAUGGUCUGGGCCGUGCUCAUGAAGCGCCAGAAGAUGGCGCUGUUCUUCUGGCAGCACGGAGAGGAGGCCAUGGCCAAGGCCCUGGUGGCCUGCAAGCUGUGCAAGGCCAUGGCCCACGAGGCGUCCGAAAACGACAUGGUGGACGACAUCUCGCAGGAGCUCAACCACAACUCCAGGGAGUUUGGUCAGCUAGCGGUGGAGCUACUUGACCAGUCGUAUAAGCAGGACGAGCAGAUGGCCAUGAAGCUGCUGACGUACGAGCUGAAGAACUGGAGCAACGCCACCUGCCUGCAGCUGGCCGUGGCCGCCAAGCACCGAGACUUCAUCGCACACACCUGCUCCCAGAUGCUGCUCACCGACAUGUGGAUGGGACGCCUGCGCAUGCGCAAGAACUCAGGACUGAAGGUGAGAGAGUGGGGUGGGGGUUAA